UAAUUUAGUACUGCCGGUUUCAGGAACGGCAGAAGAAGCGGUAAUUGGAUGUUCUCGUUCAGUUCUGCGUUAUAUUCCAUAGAAGUGAGGUCUUGCUCCAGACUAUAGGGGAUUGUGACUUUCAAGAGAGUCCUUUUUGGGACCAUCAGUUUCUAUUUCAAAUCGGAUUUGAAACCAGUUUUCUGGUUCUAAUCGGACUGUGUUGAAUUUUUUUGGGACUUUUAUGGUGAAUUCGGAAAUAAAGUAGUCCUUUUUCGAGAAAGUGCUGGUAGUUUGCUCCUGCAGAGACUCAGUACUCGUCCUGAGAACACAAUGAAGUGUAGUGCAAGUGUUUGCUGCAUCUUGUUUCUGGCUGCUAUUGCUUCAGCCUUAGAAACCAAACCUCCAAAAUGGGAUCCAACAUAUACAGUCAAAGGAACUCUAUACAUCCCAUACGCAGAAAUUGAGGAACCAUUCUAUGCCUGGUAUGACUCCAUCGCUCGUCGCUCCCGCAUCGACUACUACGGAGGAAUGGUCAAAACUUAUCAACUUACCCACGAACAUGAUUUCGGCACAUCAUUGAAGCUAGCUCCAAUCAGCACUGAUUCCGAACUGAACAAGGAAACUUGCCUUCAAGUAAACGGAACUAGGGAGUCACCUGUCGAAAUCCAGGCAAUUCUACCGAAUGCAAAGAGUUUUAUUCUCGCUGGUACUGAAAUAAUAAUGGGAAUGUCAUGCGAUCGAUUCGUUUUGGAGGAGAUGAUUGGUCAGAAGAAAAAUGUUUACACCUUGUGGGUGAGGUACAAGAAGUCCCCGAAGUAUCCUGCCUCACGAAUGCCAAUUCCUGUUCGCUAUGAGAUGAGAGGAUACAAUACGUUGCUAGGGUCACACUAUGACCAUUAUUAUUUGGAGUACGAUUCCUACAAUCAUGCUGAUAUUCCGAAUGAGGUGUUCGAGAUUGAUCCAUCUAUGGUAUGCGUUCCCUUCCCUGGACCCGGGCAAGGUCACUAUGCUACCUUCAAUCCAAUGAAGGAAUUCAUCUAUCCCACGGCUACUGAUCAUGUUGACCAUGAGUUUGAACGCUUCAAAAAUAAGCACAACAAGAAAUACGAGCACGAGGCAGAAGUGGAACACCGCAAGAACAUCUUUAGGCAGAACCUCCGUUUCAUUCACUCCAAAAACCGAGCAAGGCUAGGAUUCUCCCUGGCUGUGAAUCAUUUGGCUGAUAAGACUGACGAUGAGAUCAAGGCUCGUCGAGGAUUCCGAUCCUCAAAUAUCUACAAUGGCGGAAAGCCUUUCCCAUACAAUACAAAAUCCAAGGCUGAUCUUCCGGAUCAAUAUGAUUGGAGGCUGUUCGGAGCUGUGACCCAGGUUAAAGAUCAAUCUGUGUGCGGUUCAUGCUGGUCAUUUGGAACUAUCGGAGCCGUGGAGGGAGCCUAUUUCUUGAAGUCAGGUGGAAACCUAGUUCGGUUGUCGCAACAAGCUCUCAUCGAUUGUUCAUGGGGAUAUGGAAAUAACGGAUGCGAUGGUGGUGAAGACUUCCGUGCAUACAAUUGGAUGAUGAAGAUGGGCGGAAUUCCAACAGAGGAAGAUUACGGACCAUACUUGGGACAGGAUGGAUAUUGCCAUGCAAACAACGUGACCCUAGUGGCUCCAAUCACAGGAUUCGUCAACGUUACAAGCAACGACGCUAACGCCUUUAAAAUUGCACUUCUCAAACAUGGUCCUCUGUCGGUUGCAAUCGAUGCAUCCCAGAAGACGUUCAGUUUUUAUUCGCAUGGAAUUUACUAUGAACCAAAUUGCAAAAAUGGACUAGACGAAUUAGACCACGCUGUCCUCGCUGUUGGGUAUGGAAUUAUUAAUGGCGAAUCGUAUUGGUUGGUUAAGAACUCGUGGUCGAAUUAUUGGGGCAAUGAUGGAUAUAUUUUGAUGUCGGCGCGUAAUAAUAAUUGCGGCGUUAUGACAACUCCAACUUAUGUUACUAUGUAGGCGUCUAGGUCAUAAUAAGUUUUAGAGAAGAAAAUUGAAAGACUAUUCAGGAGCAGUUUUAGGAUAAAUAAAAGUUAGUGAAGGAAA